AUGGGAGGGGAGUGUAAGGGUGGAGCUCGGUUUGAAGGGGCGGAAUGGCGUGAUGGAGUGGGGUUGAGGGGGGAAGGGAUGGGGUGGUGUGGUGAGGGUGAGGAGCGGUGUGUAUUGGGCAGCAGUACACACGGCAAUAGAGACUGUCAUGACUGGCGGCACAGCCGUGAUGGAUCACCUGUGAGUAUACCUCUCUACCCUUCUCCACCCCUCUCUGCCACUCUUCCCUCCCCCUCUGCUGCUGCUCCACGCCUCUCCAAGCCUCUCCACUCCUCUCCGAUACUUCUGCACCGCAUUAAAACGUACAUCCGAGACCUAUCAGACCUCGAGGCAGCAGUGCGGGCAUACAAGCACGUUGGCAUUCGAGCCUUCAUUGCCCCUAUGCUGGGCGAUUUAGACGUCUCAAACUACUUCCCCUUGGUGCCGGACGCCUGCGAGCGCAACGAGAGGGCGAGGCAGGACGGGGUGUGCCCGGGCGCCAUGGGUACUGACGGUUAUUUCAGGGAGCAACUGGCUGAGCGGCAGGAGGCCAACACCGAGAGGGUCCUUACCCUCUGGAGGGAAGCUGUGCAGAAGUUUCACGACCCAGAGGGCGGCAUCAACAUUGUGAUUGGUCCCGUGCAGAACUGGGGUGCUUCUGACGAGCUGAUCCGGAGGGCAGUGGACAUCCGAAAGGAGUUUGGGCUGUGCGGUCACAUCCACUUGCUGGAAUCACGGAUGCAAAAGCUGCAGAGCCGAUCGCGCUACCCGGACGGCGGGUGUGUGAAGCUUCUGAAAGACAUCGGAUGGCUGUCCCUCCGUGGGACCUCCUGUGCGCACUGCGUGUGGCUGGAGGACGAGGAGCAAGCAAUCAUGGCGGAGUGUGGCGCAGUGGCCGUGCACAACCCCGUCUCCAACCUUCGCCUCGGCUCGGGCGUUGCUCCCAUAAGAGCGUACCUCGAUAAGGGCAUAACCGUGGCUAUCGGGUGCGACGGGCAGUGCUCCAACGACUCUCAGGACAUGCUUGAAGCCGUGAAGAUGGCGUGCAUUGUCAACCCUCUCACAACCCCUGAGUAUCGCCACUGGUUGUCCCCGAGGGAGGUGCUCAGAAUGGCAGCAGAGGGAGGGGCGGUCGCAGUGGGCAUGAAAGGGCGGGCGGGUCAAAUCAAGCCCGGCUACGUGGCGGAUGCUGUGCUGGUGGACCUGACUGCCCUCUCCAUGCUGCCUCGAGCCGACCCUGUGGGGCAACUGGUGCUCACCAGACAAAGCCGACCCUGUGGGGCAACUGGUGCUCACCAGACAAAGGUGAGAGGGCAUGGGCGGGUGAGUGAGGUGGCUUGGGUGGAUGAGGCUGUGGUGGAGAGGCAGCAUAGAGGCAGCAUAGAGGCAGCAUAG